CUCCUAAUAAACUCCAUGACCAUGGCUGACGCUGCAGAGAUCUAUCCGCUCGGCCGCGAUGAGGCCGAAUCUCGCCGACUUAACGAACAGCACAAGCUUCUGAUAGACUUUACUGAAGGGCUGAUAGAUAAAUCUGUACCAUUGGAGAAGAUUACUGCGGUUGCCGAUGUCGCUACUGGGACUGGGAUAUGGCUAUGGGAUGCCCGGGAGCUGCUCGUUGACCGUGCGGGAGAGUCCCCGCGGUACUUUCACGGCUUUGACAUUUCCCCAGCCCAGUUCCCACCAGCCGCCGAGGGCAUCGACUUUACCGUCCAUGAUAUCUUGAAGCCGUUCCCGGUCGAGCACCACAAUCGAUACGACUUGGUGAAUAUCAGGCUACUGGUCGGUGCCAUCACGGAAUCGGACUAUGAAAAGGUUGUGCAGAAUCUGAUCACCAUUCUGAAGCCAGGGGGAUACCUACAAUGGGGCGACAUGGACUUUUACCGAACGGCGACCGACGACCCAAGGGCUGCGACGGCGUGUGAUUUGUGGCUGAAGUACUGUACGAUCAACAACUUGAGCCAAUGUGCUCCUAAAGCGAUACAGAAGGCCUACCAGGAUGCUGGGCUCUUAAACAUUGUCAAUCGGGCUUUCCUCCCUUCGAAGCGGGGGGAUCUGCUAGAAAGGCUGCAGAAUUGGCAAAUGCAGUUCUACAAGAGCGUGGCACACUUGAUACUGCUCAAAACCGGAUAUGUAGCCGAUCAGGCGGCGGCAAGCCAAAUGGCUCCGGAGCUUUUUCGAGGUCUGGAGCUGUUCUACGCCGAAGGGAAUACAGUUGACAGCAGGUUCAAUGUUGUGGUCGGGCAAAAGCCUACUUGA